CUUCACAUGCCAAAAGUCCAAAGUCAGUGUUUCCCAUACAUGUAUUUAUUUGUGAUGGCUUGCCACAAAUACAUUUUGACCGCCACAAAUAGAUUUGAUAAUCACAUUAUAAUGGGAGUGUCUGUGGAUGUAGCUUGCCAUUCCAACUCCAUCGUCUUUCAACAGUAGAUGGCAUUCUAACUCUGCUUCUUAACACACCUCAUACGCACCUGGUCUGCCAAAGAAUAAGAAGAUGUAGCAGGAGGGAUCAGUAUUGCCAACUUAGAGACUUUGUUGCUAUAGUUAGGGAGUAUUCAUACCCCUGUAGAUAAAAAUAAGUCACUAGCAACGAAUGUAGCGACUUUUCCUGGCCUUAUUAGACACUUUCGGAGACUCUAUCAUGAAAGCACAUAUCGCUCUUCCCAUCAAGCAGCUCCCCAUCAAAAAGCACUCACAGGCGGCUCUAUCUUGCUGGUGUCAUAAAACAGCACCAAAAGAAGAAAGUUAAUUUGUAUUUCUAAACAUAUUUGCUAUGAUUGUUGUUUUUUGCUCACUUUUUGUCUCCCACAGCGUCCAUAAAAAUUACAUUCACAUGGUCCAUGGCUAAUUACGCAAAUUAGACGAUGACGAUCAGCCUCCCCCACAGCCCAACACCACAAAUAGAUCGCAGUCCUGUGGGAAACACAAACUCGGUCAAUCUAAUGAAGACAUCAAGUCCACUUUGAAGUUGAAGUCCGGUCCACUUAGUUCUAACCUUCUGCUAAUGUUCUUCACAGCAGCUCACUUGUGGAGCAGCAUGUCAGCAAGGUAAGAAGAGCCUCAACUCUCACGGCAUACACACGCAUAGUCAAGUCUUACCUGUGGGAGGCACAGUUUAUGUAAAGAUGUUGUCUUUAUGCCGUCUCAUCAUCUCAUCCAAAAAAAAAAAACAAUCUUAUUUGUGUAAAUCACACCAGUCAUUCUGAGACAGUUAGUUCAUUGGUGAACCAGAACCUUCAUGUGGAGUGGAAAGAAAACAACCUUGUUUCGUGUGUGUGUGUGUGUGUGUGUGUGUGUGUGUGUAUGAAAGUGUGUGGUGCUAAAAUCUUGCUGGGAUCCAGUACAGGUCAUGGAGAUUUUGUGGGCGCCAGUCUGGUUCUGUGUUUAUGACCUGGUGAUGGGAUAAUCCAGUAGAACUGUCACUAGCAUGUUGAUGCUAAAUGUAGCUAAACUGUUUUAGAGUGGACAUGUGGUGAAUUGUUGUCUGGUAAUAUUAAUUUUCAUAAUCAUUGAUACAUAUUGAUCACAUCCAGGGUGCUGGAGAGAAGGGUACGACUGUUAGUCGAACCUCGGCUACAGGAGAUGCAAUGUGGUUUUCGUUGGUGGCGGAACUCUGGACCAGCUCUACACCCUUGCAAGGGUACUGGAGGGUGCAUGGGAGUUUGCCCAAGUGGUCCUUGUACAACCGGAGCAAGAGCCUGGGUCGCAUUGCCAGCACUAAGUCGAGCAUGUUUCCAGUCAAUGUUGGCCUCCACCAAGGCUGCCCUUUGUCACCGAUUCUGUUCAGAAUUUUCAUGGACAGAAUUUCUAGGCGCAGCCAAGGUGUCGCGGGAGUCCAGUUCGGGGGUCUUUUUUGCAGGUCUUAUUUGCAGAUGAUGUGGUCCUGAUGGCCUCAUCAGGCUGUAACCUUCAGCAUUUACUGGGGCGGUUUGCAUCUGAAUGUGAAGCUUCUAUAUGAGACUCAGCACCUCCAAAGCGGAGGCCAUGGUUCUCAGUUGGAAAAGGGUGGAUUGCACCCUCUGGGUUGGGAAUGAGGUCAAGUAUCUCGCGGUCUUGUUCACGAGUGAGGGAAGGUUGAAGCUUGAGGUCAACAGGCGGAUCGGCUCAGCGUCUGCAGUAAUGCGGUCGCUAUACCGGACCGUCGUGGUGAAGAGAGAGCUGAGCCGGAAGGCAAAGCUCUGUUUACCGGUUGAUCUACUGUAUGUUCCCACCCUCACCUAUGGUCAUGAGAUUUGGGUCGUGACUGAAAGAAUGAGAUUGCGGAUACAAGCGGCUGAAAUGAGUUUCCUCCGUAGGGUGACUGGACUCACCCAAGAGUGAGGAGCUCGGUCAUCCGGGAGAGGCUCAGAGUACAGACGCUGCUCCUUCACACUGAGAGGAGCCAGUUGAGGUGGCUCAGGCAUCGAGUUCGGAUACCUCCCGGACAUCUCCCUGGUGAGGUGUUCCGGCCAUGCCCAGCAGGGAUAAGGCCCCGGAGCAGACCUGGGACACGCUGGACAGAUUAUGUCUCACAGCUGUCCUGGGAACACCUUGGUGUCCUCCCGGUGGAACUGGAAGAGGUGGCCGGGGACCGAGAAGUCUGGACUUCCCUACUAAGACUCCUGCCUCUGAAUAAGCGUACGAAAAUGGAUGGAUGGAUAUUGAUCACCAUGUGUCUGUCAUGUGACUACAGUUUCCCACAGGACUGCAAUCCAUUUGUGGUGGUGGGUUGCUGGGGUGAGUGUGUGGUGGUGGUGAUGGUGGUAGUGGGGUGUCAUGGUCAUUACAUCAUCGUCAAAUUUUUGUCAAGGUCUGUCUUUUUAGCUAUUGCAGUGCAGUGCCUUGCACACACUGCAUAGGCUUGUGGAAAGGCCCUGCAUGUAUGGGUCUCCACUCCCGUGUCAAAUACUUUGCCUUUUGUGACUGCUUGUGUUUUACUUCACUAGUAAAUGUAUGAUGCAAGAAACACUUCCUGUAUUUCCCUUUUAAUGUGUGGGAAUUUGGUCCCGCCCAAAUCCAUUUGUGGCAGCGCAGAUUAGAGUGCUGGACAGUACAUUUGUGCUGUACAUGUUAACAAUACAUUUAGCAUGAACAAAAUAACAUAUAUGUAACAUCACACAGCUUUUACGUGAAUUUGCAAGAAUUUUACCAAAAAACAUCACAAAUGUCUUCUGUGUUCCAUAAAUUGCUUCUGCUGGGUUAAGUCCAAAAUCAAUUUCACAACUUCAAUUAAUUGACGAUCAAUUAUUGGCUCAUUAAUCCCCUCUGAACUGUGUAGGAUGUAGUUAAGCCCUAAAGGUCAGGGUUCAGCUAUACUGCGUAGUCAUGUGACCAACAAACACUGUUGUUUUUGCAGAUGUCGUCCUCUCACGCGUGUUUUUAUAAAGUGGACACCGCCAGUUUGUCGCCUACUCGCCUGACAUUUGUCUGCUGUUGCGUCAUUGUCACCUGUCGUCGUCCGUCAGCAGCGUCAUGUGACGGGCGGUGCCUCAGUGCCCAGGCAUAGGAUUGUGGGAGAUUAGCUGCUGACAGAAACACUCAAAUGUCACCCGUGUCAUUGUCCCAUUGCACUACUGUUGUUUUGCAACACGAUUCUAUUAGCUUUAUAGCUAUAAUUCUGUGCUUUAUUGCUGCUGUGAUGUCACAGUCAUCAUGUUUGUGACUGUCGCAACCAAACCUUUUAUUGUGAAAGGGACGCCAUGCUAAUGAACCUGAGUUACCUGCAGCAGCGUGAGAGAGCUGUCAGUCAACGUGUGUGUGUAGUAAAAGUGUACAAACAUCAUGUGAGCAUUGGAGGAAAGACAACUGUGUGUUCCCACAACAAACUUCAAGUGUGUCAAGAGUUGUGAAACCUGAACGGUCAGUGUGCGUGUGUGUGCGCAUGUACGUGUGUGUACGCGUGUGUGUGUGUGUGUGAAAUUCAGCUGUUUCCGGAACAGCGUCAAUGCACCGAGACAGUUGAACCAAUCAGGUGGCUGGCCUGGGAGGGGGAGUGCUCCUUAGCGAGCCCUCUGAUUGGAUGCCACAAACAAACAAACGUCACUUGUCGUAAAGGUAUUUAUCAUUUAAAAAGAUGAGUCAGCAUAUUUGUGUCAGAGCUGUCAAUCAACAGCCUGUGGGCGUGGUUUAACCAAAAAGAAUAUUUAAGGUAUUUUCUUAUUUGCUGUAACGAAGAAUCACAUGUCAGUCUCGGGGGACAUGGCGGGGGUCAACGGUGCCCCCCGGUGCCUCCACCCCCACCCCGAUACCACGUCACGACGAUGUCCCGCUGGCGACUGCCUGUCACAAUGUAGUGUGACUGUGUUAUUUUUAGAGCCGGGGGCUUGAAAUAAGCGGACUGGGCUUCAUUGAGCAUAAACACAAGUCGCCAGCACUUCAACACCAGCCAGGCUCGAACCUGUGAUUUCUAGCUCUUAGGCUGACUGUUUUGCUUCUUCGUCACUGUGAGCCACUCGUGUCUUUCUUUGGCCGCUGGUGGAUCUAACUGAAGCUGUGGACAUGUCUCCCGAAGACCAUGGAGCAGGACUCAGGUAUGGGAUGGGGUUCAGAACCGGGAGAGCUGAAAGACCCUCACUGGGUCUUGGAGGUGAUGGUUAGCUAUUCUUUGUAUUUCCUGUGGAGGCUUAAAAAGUGCUCGAAUGGCUUUUAUGUGAGGUCUUGAACCACCUUUCUCAGUGUGGUUCCAUUGGACUUAUGUGCUCUCCUUGUGUUCAGAACACAUUGUUGUUCUGGUGUCAAUAAAAUCCAACACGUCCAUGGAGCCUUGCUGUGUCUUCCUGAUUCAUACAUCUUUUCCAUCCUGUGUAGGACUUAUCUUACUUAGCUUAUACAUACAGUAUUAAAAUCCUGUCUCACCCGACCCCCCCGUUGCUCACAUUGUCAUGUCUAUUUUAGAAUGAUGACGUUGUGUUGUUGCACUGAAGGAUGCUGGCUGAACAAAAACGUCCUUAAAAAUCACAUGCUUGUAAUGAUGUUUGUUUAGUACCUCCCUCAAGAAGCAGAAGUUUGUGCUGUCUUAGCUUGUUAUGCUAAAAGUUUAUCUUUUUGGUAGCUAGCAGGUUACUUCCUGGGUCAUGGAAGAUGAUGUAAGACAUAAGUGGACCGACAGGCAGUUUGCCUCUUUGUCUAAAUUUGUACCAAAUCUGUGAGGUACUUUUAACCUAACUUACCAACAUUAGUUUUUGUUAUUGUCGUAGUAAAGGAGGAAUAUUUCAUAUUUGAUUUUGUUGUGUACCUAAUGUACUAGUAGUGUACUUAAAAUCUUGCUGACUCACAAGCAAAGUCAACAGUCAACUUAGCAGAUUCCAGUGGGAGGCUUUCGUGGAACAUGCGGGUCCGGUGUCCAUGUUAUUCACAGUGUCGCUGUCACGUUUCCCAGGAAACAGCCUCCUCACGGGGGUCAGAGGUGUGGAUGUACAUGUUCCUGGAUGCGGGCUGGGAGAUGGUGGACUCAGGCCAGGACAGCGGCUCCAGCGCUGGACUUCACCUGGGCAGCUCGCUCCGCCUCUUCCUGCAGGAGACGUCAGCUUUCAAGCAGCAGAACCCUGGCAAGUUCUGUUUGCUGGUUUGCAGCUUUUGCACCUUCUUUGCUGUCCUCGGACGCUACAUUCCAGGGAUUGUUGUCUCAUAUCUUCUUGUGCUGUCUGUCUUCCUGUGGCCUCUGGUUUCAUCUAAGGAGGUGUCUUUGUGGCUGAAGCCGCUUUUGCAGAAACUGGACUUUGGCAUCGGGGUGUUCCUGCGGAAAAUGAAAAAGAAUCACGAGAGAAGACUGGGGCAGGCCAUUGCGGAGAGAGAAGCCAUCGAGUCGGACCUCUCGUCGAUGUUUCCCAAGUUGGACUCUGCGGCCUGUAAGGAGAUGUCCCUGUCGGACACGUCUGUCUCUGAGGUGACGUGGACGGACAACAGUGCCUUCAACCUGUCGGAGGAACACACACCGCAGACGGAGAACUCUGAAGACCUGGACAGAGAAGAGGUGUUCACUGGCGGUCUUCCAGAGUUUCCCUCUCUUGAUAACGGGGAGUCGACCAAUGGCGAUGAAGAUGAUGACUUCAGUCUUCCUCAGCCAAUCAGGAGCAAGUGUGCACCUCCCCAAGCAGAGGGCACGCCCACCCACAAAGCUCUAGACCUGGUCCAACAUAUGGCAAGUGACGUCAUCGCCGUCGCCGCCGUCACGGCAGCCAUUCAGGAAAGAAUUAAGGCGACGGUUGGGUUCACAGCGAGCUUAGACCAGAACUGUCCAGACCGGUCCAGACUCCCAGAGUCCACCAGGGCACUGGAGCUGGUGGAGGAGUUGGACAGCGAGGUGGAGGACUUUGAGCUACUGGACCAGGCCGAGCUGGAUCAGCUGGAAGGGGAGCUGGGCCUUGGGCCUGCCAAGGUCCAGAGCGCUGAGGAUGAGAACAAGACUCACAAAGGUUCUGGAUUCUUCUCCAAACUGCUGAGACGCCAGUGAUGACUGUGGAAGGCUGGACUGGGGCUGUCCAGAGGGGAUGCAGGUCUGGGGUGUGGUUUGGGGCUCUGAGAGGAGUCAGGCAGCAACAGUUACCAUUCUUUUGUUCUUGUUGUAUCGUUUAAAACCGACCUGUUUGUCGAAGCUGGAUCAGAAUUCUCACCAUUAUCAUAUAUUAUUAUUAUUACGUCACAUGAGCACUAUUAUCACUUUUUUAACCGUUGCUAGGGUUACACUAGUGCCCACUGAUGACAGGAUGGAUUUAAUGUUACUGUCAAGAAAAUUAGGUAUUCUUCUGAUGCUUGAAUGGCAAUUUAUCUUGGGGAAAAAAGUGUUUUCCCAAUUGCAGGCACAUCAGUGCUGUGAUUGUAGAUGUUCUUUAAUCAUCUCAAACUGGUUUGAUAGUUUGCUCUGACGAGUGUUUGGUGGCCUUUUUUUUUUUACUCUGUCCAUUUAUUUUUUUAAAUUUUAUAACUUUUUCAUGGUACAUAUAUGUUGUCGUCUCAUGCUUCAGUAAUAAAUAUAUGUUUUAUGGGCACCUUAAUGAAAACCAAUGCACCUUGUCCACAUUUUCUAGUAAAGACAAAAUCUUUGCGACUUCUGCAAUGCAGUUCCAUCCAUUCAUUCAUUUUCUAUGCCGCUUUUCCUUACUAGGGUCGCGGAGUAUGCUGGAGCCUAUCCCAGCUGACUACAGGCAAGAGGCAGGCUACACCCUGGACUGGUCGCCAGCCAGUCUCUUUAAUGCAGUUUUGUAUUUGAAUUACUUAUUCAGUGCCUAAAACAACUUCAGUCUGCUGCUUUAUGAAUGAUUGUUUAAAUCUUAACGUGAUUAAUUAAAGUCUAAGCAACACGCUGCAUACAUUAAUUCAAGAGACACAUUUAGGAAUGUGCAUCAAUGUCUUCAUGUAAAUUGACUUAUGUCAAUAAAAUGUUUCAGUGCAA